ACCCUCCUCCAAGCUCGCCCCAAUGCCUCUUCCCUCCCCUCUCUUAUGGCCUCCGCUUCUUCCCCAUGCCGUCGCUUCCUCCCCGCCUGCUCUUCCUCCUCACUCGAACCCUUUCCCGCCUCCGCACCCGCUUCCUCGCUGCUCCCGCUUUCCCGAUCUCUACCCUUUAACCCCUCCCUUCCCCUAUGUCCGACGAUUCCCCUACCGCGCCGGCCCCGCCAGCGGACGGAUCCUCCCAACCCGAGGACGACUUGCGGCCCCUUCCGCCUGAGCCUUCCCCACCCGCCGAACCCUCCCCCCGCAAGACCCGCUUCCCUCGUGCCUGCAACACCCGCCCCGCCGCUGCCGCCGCGCUGCCGCCGCUGCCGGAGCGCCGUCCCGUCACCCGGAGGGAGAAGGAGGAGCGGCAGAAGGCUGGGAGGGUGAUCACCCCGCUUGUCCGGCCUCCGCCGCCGUCGCAGCUGCUCCGGUGGGAGCUCCGCUCGAUGUGGGAGCUCGCCGCCGUCCUCGACUUCUUCCAUACUUUCAGGCCACUGUUGAACAUCGCGGUGGAGUUCUCAGCGGAGGAGCUUGAGACGGCGUUGAUCACGCCCAACAAUACGCUGGAUGAUGUGCACAUGCCUCUGCUAAAGGCAAUUCCUCCUGUUACUCGCAUGGCACUAGGGCGUGCAACCUGGGUUACAGUUCUCUGUAGGAAGUUAAGAGAUUGGUGGCACUGGGUUGCUGAUGGGGAGAUACCGAUUGUUGCAUCCCAUGGGACGGAGAUUGAGACGUAUAAGACUCUUGAUCCUAGGACACGGAUACUGAUUUUGAAAGCACUAUGUGACAUCCGUGUUGAGCAAGAAGACAUUCGAAAUUUUAUUGAUGAUUCUUUGAAACGAGGCAUUCAACUGUCAGCUUUUCGCAAAGAAAGGAUCGGUGGUGAUUCACAUGGGAUUUCUUAUUGGUAUGAAGAUGAUCCAAUUAUUGGCCAUCGAUUGUACCGUGAAAUUAGACAGGUUGAGGUAAAGAAGGUCAAGGGAAAGGGAUCAUCAUCUGUUCCACUUAUAUCCAUCCAGUGGGAAGCUGUUGCGACCAACUUGGAUGAAUUUCGAGAAGUUUCAGAAAAGCUUCUUUCAAGUACAAACAGAACGGAAGCCUCGCUUGGGAAGAAAUUAAAGUUUGACUUCCUGCCGGAGAUCGAGAAAAUUCACAAAAAAAAAGAGAGGCUGUUGAAAAAGCAACACAGAGAAGCCCUCCUCCUUGACACCUUUGUGACUGCAGAUGGGCUUUGCUCUGGUCGCUCCCUCCGUGACAGAAAACCUGUCACAUAUACUUUUGAUGACUAUGACCGCUCCAUCAAUGAAGCGAUCAAAAUAACCAAGAGAAGACAAAGUUCACCUGAGACUGUUAUUAGAAGAGAAGUUGUUGGGAGGCCUGAGGUAUUGACUAAUGGUAAAUGGAAUGGCUCUUCGCAAGUAGAGCUAGUUAACCAUGAUGCAGGGUCCCCAAAGUCCGAUGACUAUGAAGAAACUGAUAUGGAACAGCAGGACGAGCUUCUUGACCGCAGCAAUAGGCGGAGGAAAAGGCCUCAGAGAUAUAUGGAGAAAGAUUUUGUUGAUACUGUUUCAGAUAUCGAUGCAGAUUUUGACAGUGAUGAUGACAUAGUAGGAGAAGCAGUGUAUGAUGAGGAAUAUUUGAGAAGUAGAAAGCAGAGAAAGGUGUCAAGUGGCUCGGAGGGGGAUGAGGAGUAUCAUUGGGAGGAAGAAAAUGCAGAGGAUGACGAGGAAGAGGAUGAAUUCUCCUUGAGUACUAGUGAAGAUAUAGUGGAGCAACAACGUCAUAAGAAGUUUCCAGGUCGAACUAGGCAGGAAACGAAACUGAGAUCAGUCGAUGGACUCCAGACAGGCCUAAGACGUAGCAAGAGAGCUACACGACGAAGUGUAAAUUACCAACAGUAUGAGCUAUCAGAUACAGACACAGAAUUGGCGAAGCCUGGCAAGUCAAAUGCAACAUAUGCAAAUUCUGAUGCAUCAGAUGAUCUACAACUUUCAACAUCUAGUCAAGAUUCUCAGGAUCAAGAAGACAAUGGAGAUAUAGCUGAUAACAAAGUGACUGAGGACCAAAGUAACAAUACCAAGGCUGCAGAUAAAGAGCAGCAACCAGCUACUCAAAAAGCAGAUGUCAAUGGGCAUGAACCAGAUGGUGCCCAAAGAAUUAGGUUCCUAGACUUAAAUGAGCUCGCCCCAGGGACGAGUUUUGAUGAUGGCCCAAUCAUUAAAGAUGAAGACAGGGACAACUUUUAGGCAGUCUGUUUUCAUUCAUGGCGCUGUGCGAGUAUUCGCUUGCAGUAUUAUCUGGUGUGUGGAACUGAAAGGCUUCUAGUUCAUGGAAGCUAUCAGCUUCACGAGGCCGGUGACAAGAUUUGUUAGCAAACAGGGACUGCAUCCAACUUGUGGCUUGGAGGUGAGACCUGUAGAUGGGUGCUCAACCUCCUCAAACUUUGAGAUCCCAACUUUGUUCAGUACCUGAUGGAAAUUUUGAGGAAGAAAUUCAUUGCAUCCUGUGCUACGUGUUCCGUGUACAAUACGCCUUUUGUGCUGAUGAUUUGCCAGAUUUCUGGAUUUACUUGUUGCCUUUCUUUUCAUGCAGAGGCACAAUGUUCAAUUUAGCUGAGAGGACAUCAAUCCAUGUAUCAAUUUUAACCGAAAAAUUAGUCGUAUUCUAAAUUUAACAUGUACUUCAGGGACAAAAUUCAAGGUUCUUUUAGUGCCUUUAAAAUCUAGUGUCUUUAUCUCAGUUCUUUA